AUGUCUCCUGCUCAGCCAUUCUGUCAUGCUACCUGCAAGCUAACAGCCAUGAAGCAAGACAACUCUCAGCAUCGUCGUCGCCGCCCUCGUCCUUACGGUUUCUUGCGAAAACCAACCGAUUUCCUCGAGCGCUGUGUUUCCCGGGCGCAAAUCCAACCUUCCGCAUUCGAAUACCUCUGGCACCCAUACCCGGUUCCCGGUUCUGCUCUCCUCUACUACCCUGGUCUUGACUCCCGCGACCCCCUCGCUGGCUGCGUAAUUCCUUGCCAGCUGAAAAGCGACGUUGGCGGCCGCCACAGAACAGAACGAACGGGUCAAACCAGCUUGCGCAGAGGUGCAACGUUAGCGAAUCUCACGGUCCGAAAGACUGACUGCGAUACCGAGCGCACACCAGACGAACCAAAAAGCGCCGAGUCAAAGCCCUUUGAGGGCAACGAACAGCUGAGAAGUGAUCGGAAUAGAUUGAUUAUUUUACCGCCCUCCAGAAGGAAAAGUAAUUUCAGCUCUGCGGCAACAACAACGAGCACGUCGCGCAAGCGCCGGGCUCAAGACUCCGAGUGGGAUUUGAUCGCAGGCAUUGCCGACCAGGCCCAAUUUGGUGAGGACUCAGCCAAUCGACAAAGUCCCCUGGAACCGAACAAGCAGGGCGUUGGUCACUCCUACACCUUCAGCCCGUUGACAGUGGUUAACAAAGCGCAGAGAGCCACGGGCCAUACGGCUUGGCUGCUUGAUACCAUGACAUCAGUUCGCGGUGCAGUCACCAAAGUUUCCAACAGCAUUGCUGGCUACGUUUAUCCCCGCAACUAUAAUGCAGUCGAGCUUUACUCUCGCGACGAACACAGUGGCAGCAUCACCACCAAACGGAUAAAACUGGAAUCCCAUCCGGACUCAGCUAGCACCGAAAGCUCACGAGAGGAGCAGCGAGGGGUCGCAUCGAGAUCUCCAAAGACAAACCUUGUUUGGGUUGACGAAUCGACAAGAACGGCGAAUUGGCAUCAAGUUGCUCUGCUCGUACGAGCGUUAAGAGAUAUCGACCGCCGUAUCCAGAAAGGCCGCGCGAGAGAAAGGACUAGCUCACCUAGCUCUCGACCGGAUGACGAACCCCGUUCCCGACGACUUCAUGCUCUAAGCGCUCAUCUGAGGACUCUUCAGCAGACUGCGGCGAUUCUUGAGCAUAUUUACUCCCAUGCGUUCAUGGUUAGGUUGAAGGAGAUAUCGAGGCUUCCGCAACCGACAAUGGACUACGCAACAAACCCGGAUGAGGACCUCGCCAUCUCAGCAGCAAAGCUAUUUCUCGACGACUUGCCUGAUGAGUGUGCCUCGUCUUUAAUCGAGGCAGGGGUUGCACCAAGGGUCAUCAAAGGGGUCAGCGCUGACUUGGAUGCCAUCGUAACGCAGAAACCAAUGCCCGGGCUGGUUCACAAAGCCGGCUUUGUUGGCAAGAUGAUGAAGUUUUUUCGAGGGCGCGAUAGUUUCGGCGUCGACUCCACGGAUUAUGUCAUGCCUGGCAGUUUCCCCAGCAACUUUCCAGAUACACGCAAGAAGGAGCCGGCAGUCUCGGAUGCGAGUAACAUUGCGGUUGAUCCUGAGGAACGGCAAUCGAAGGGAAACCCGUCAAAGGCAUUUAUGCCGGUCACGGAAACGGAUACCUACGCUUACAUUCGAGAGCACCUUGCUGAGAUGGAAACGAAAGGAAAGCCUCCGCACGCGAAAACGAUUGGAGGGACUUCUGAGGAUCCUGUACUCAAGGGAAUCAUAAGCCCAAUUUCCAAGAGAGACAAGUCGUCACCAGCAUUGAAGCGCUUACAGAAAUCGCGAAGAUUGAAGAAAGUGCACUUCUCUUCCCCGUCGAAGCAAUCCUUGCCGUCUCCAGGCAAACCCACUGGCUUCCUCUCCAAGUUCUUUCGCUCUCGCCCCGAAUUAAGCAUGGGCUCUCAACUUCGAAAGGAUGAAGCCGAGAGUUCCCUUAGUGGGACACAGACUGACGGAUCACUCGACAGUCGAAGGUCCGAGGUCACAACACAGGAUCCAGAGACUGAAGCGGAGUCAGACAACACUUCCGAAGACACCGAAAGCGAGGAUACCAUGGCUAGAUAUAGGCCCAGGCUUGUGCAACAUCUAAAUUCGUCCAUCAGAGGCCACAAGUCGAGAGCUCUCUCUGAUGUCAACGAGCCCCCAGGAGUUCCUACAAGAUCGCCGAGCCCCCCGACAUUGGCUGGGUUGAGAAUUUCGGAUGAUAAGGAAGGAGAAUUAGAUGACCUGAGCGCUGCUCUGCAGUUGAUGCUUGAUGAGGGCGAAGCACAACGACGUGCUGAGGAAGGCAGAAAAGCCAAGGAGGCGGAAGAAGAAAGGCUGCGACGAACGGGAGGCCUUCGCGUCCCCAAGAAGCGAUUAGUCAAGUCGCUGUCGACAGAUUGGGCGGCAAAAGUACAAGACAGCAUUCAUGCAGACCCCCAGCAGGUGCUCGCUAAAACGGCCGAAAAUGUGGAAUUGAGACGACACGACUUCCUGAAGGUGGUUCCGGAAACCGAAUGGCUUAACGACGAAAUCGUCAACGGCUCGCUGCUCUGGCUGGAUCGAUACGUCAAUGAAGCGGCAGGCGCAACGGAUGUCAAGUCGACGAAGAGGGUAUGCCUCGCCAUGAACUCAUUCUUCUACAAGAGACUAGUGGACAACGGUGUUCAGAAUACUGAAAGGGCGCUGCGACGGUACGGGGUUACGAAGGCUACUUUUCUCAACCUUGAGACGAUCCUCAUGCCCAUCUGCAGCGGUAAUCAUUGGACAUUACUGGUUGUUCGGCCACAAAAGCGAACAGUUUCACACAUGGAUUCACUCAACCCGCGAGGCACAUCGACACAUACCAAGAGAGGUCUAGCAUGGGUGCAGGCGGUUCUCGGAGACGAUUUCAAGGCAGACGAGUGGCGCGUUGUUAAGCACGAGGCGCCCGAGCAAGACAACGGGUACGACUGCGGCGUGUUCACCAUCACCAAUGGAAUAUGUCUGGCGUUGGGCCUCAACGCCAUCGACGCAUACUCGAAGGAUGAGUUACCACUUCAGCGCCGGAGAAUCGCAGCGAUGCUGUUGAACAAAGGGUUCAAGGGCGACUUUGAUCUAGCUGACCUCUGA